AUGUAUUGCAGCACGUUGUUCAUGAUUCGGCUUCCCAAAGUUCGACGAGAAGUGGUUGAGGGCCUCUGUUUCGCACGGGUUCGAGUGUUUCAUGAGACGAAGGCGGAGCAGAGCAAUGAAGUUGAAAGAGGUGGUUCGUCAUCGGUAUCUGGACUUGUACGAUGCUCCCUGGCGCAAUUCGCCUCAAAGCGACUUUCCCGUCCAGAGUCCGAGGGUGCUUUCGUCAUCGGCCGGAAACAAAGGCAGGCGCUGAACAGUUGGGGCAAGAGCAGCGAUGCAUGCCAUAGCGCUGCAGGCCGAAUUGGCGGCUUCACGCUCAAGGAGGUGGUUCGCCGCAUGCCGUGCGAUGACUCCUCGGUUGCUGAGGAGUCUCGAGAUGCGAAUGCCGUGAAGGAGCUGUUGCCGCAGCUGGAGGUCUUGCAGUCAGAGUCCUGCCAGGGUGCAGCUGCAGCGGAGCAAGAGGCGACGGAACCGAAGGCGGAGACCGAGUGCCCACAGGAGAACACCCAGGACCUUUCGCCUGGUGAAGCAAAAAGCAGAGACGAGGAAAACGAGAAGGAGCCUGCGGAAGCCGCAGCUGAAGAGGAGCCCGCACCGGCGGAUGCCGUCACCGGAUCGACCGAGCCGGAUGGCCCUGCAGACGCUGAGCCUCAGAAGGCCGCCGAGGAGGAGCACGAGGCCUCCAAGCCAAAAAACGAAGAGAUCGAUGAGACGCCAAAGGCCGUAGAAGCUCCUUCCUUGCCCGCAGACGACGGCGAGAAAGAGGCGCACAGCGAGGAAGUAGCGCAGAAGCACGAAAGAGAGAAGGACCCACCUGAAGAUGUGGCUCCCGAUGCAACUCCCACUGCAGCUCCUGUUUCGGGCGAGGAGGCCGCGCCCCAAAGCCCGGCUUCGGUCUACAGCCCCGAGGAUGGCCCUGUCGACCAAGACAAGGCGAAGGAAGAACAGCUGCGAAAGCUUGCUGAACUGGAAGCUGCGUUAGCUCCUUUUGCGACCAUCGAACCCAAAGCCUCUGACAUCCCCCAGGAGACCAAAGGGAACACCGGCGAAGCCAACCUGACAAGCCAGACGCAAGAUGCAAAGGAGGAAGUGACAGCUGACCCAAAGGCAUCGGGCGAAGAGGCGGACACACGCAAGGACCAAAGCAGCUUGUUUGCCAACGUUGCCCUCGACGAGAAGGGCACGGAAGCAAGAAAGAAGGCGGCGAAAUCAGCUCGAGAAAGAGAGGAGAAGGAGAAGGCGGAGAAGGGAAAGCUGGAGAAGGAGAAGAAGUUGAGAGGCUGGUCCCAGGGCCGCAGCCGGAGCCGGAGAGCUCGCAGACGCUCGCCCAGCCCCAAGAAGGGCAGGGACCGGUCCCACGAACGGAAGCGAUCGCCGAAGCGCUCGCCUCCGAAGCGGUCCAAGCAGUCGCCCAGGAGGUCUCCCAAGCGGUCUCCCAAGCGGUCGCCGCCCCGGAGAUCGCCCAAGCGGUCGCCGGCAAAGCGGUCGCCCGCAAAGCGAUCCGUGAAGCGACAGAAGCGCUCCCGAUCGCGCAGCCGCCGCAGCCGGCGGGGUCGGUCGGCGGGCCGCCUGCCCUCGGCGAAGCGCCGGCGCGCCGCGGCCAAGGCCUCGUCUUCAAGCCGAGAUGCCCGGCGGCGAUCGCCGGCCCAAAAGCGCAAGGAGAAGCCUAGCGCAGCCCACGGCAGUGCCGUGAGUAAGGUGAAAAGGCCCAAAAGCUCCAGCUCGGACACGAAACUCAGCCGCCGGAAGGCGCCGAAAGCGCGCGCCAAGUGCUCCAGCUCAUCGCCUGCUAAGGCUCCCGCCAAGACAGCAAAAACUUCAGCGAAGACUCCGCCAAAGGCCCCUCCCAAGACUCCCAAGCCGGCGGCGCAGGCGCAGGAUGAAAGUGGAACAUCACCGAAGAAGCAGACAGCCAAAGCAGAUCAAAAGAAGCCCGUGAAGAAGAAGCCUCCGCCUUCCUCUUCGAGCUCGCCAUCGGCACGGCCCAAACCGAAGGCCACCAAUGCCAUUCCGGUGAAGAAGACGAUAGCAAAGAAAGCGGUGACCAAGAAGUCUGAGUCCUCAUCGGCCUCCUCCACAUCACCAGCAGGACCGCCGCCAACGAAGGCGACCAAGCCAGCGAAGCCAGCGAAGACUGAGGCCAGUGCCAAAGCCAAGCAAGACAAAGACAAGCCUAAAGUCAAAUCCAACGCCGCGCGACCAGCCCCAAAAGCCAAAUCAGCUGCAAGUACAAAGCCACCCAAGCCCAAAGGCGCGGAGCCAAAGUCUACCCCAUCCACUCCUCAGGCGAAGCCCUCAGCAGCAAAAUCAUCCGCUCCGGCCCCUCCCCCUGUCAAAGCUGGCACGCCGAAGUCCAGUGCCAAGGACAAGGCCGAGAAUGAGAAGCCGAAGCCCGUCCAAAACGAGGGACUCGGAGAGAGGCCAGAGAAGGUGAAGCGGAAGAAGAAGAAGGCGCCAAAGACAACAACAGGCACAGCCGCCCCCAAGGCUCCAGAGCCCAAGGGCGCGGCGAGAGCGGCCAAAGCCAAGGCCAUCUCCUCCCCUCAACUCGUCUCCGUGACCUCGACCCGUAAGCCGGCAGACAAGGACCCCAGCAGCGACAGUGAUGUGGAGAUCGUGGCCGCGGACAUCAACUGGUCCUCGCGGUCCGGGCGGGGGCCCAACGGCCCGAAUCCGAAGAGGCGGGCACCGGAGGAGGUCUUGGCCGCGGCGCUCAUGGACGUGUUGGUUCCGAAGCCGACGGGUCCAGAUGCCGCGGAUCUGUCCCCAGCCGAAGCCGCUCUUCUCAGAAGGCAGCAGAUGCGGAGGCGUCUAAACGAGACGUCCGAUUGGGCCCAGCCCGUCGAUGUCACGGCCCCAGCGCCACCUGAGGUCGACGAGGAGUUGCCGAAGGCCAAGAGUGAGAAGGGCAGAGAUGUGCUUGAGCAGAAGCUGAAGAUGACGCAGAAGCAGCUCCUGCAGCUUCAGCUUGGGAUCAAGCAGCAGCAGCUGGAAAAGCUUAAGGCUCGCAUGCGCGGCAAGCGAUCCAGAAACACAUUUUUCCCGGCGCGGCCACGACGUCUGCCGGCUCAGAUCCAGGCUCAGCCAGCGACUUCCAUACCGAGCCCAGAGCCCUCCACCAAGCCGCCACCACUUCUCCCAGAUGCAUCGGCGUCAGCCGCAUCGCCCCCCAGUCCCAAAGACCGCUCUGAGAAGCGUCCCCCGAGGGCCCCAUCACCCCCUGUUCAACCCAUCCAGGCUCCCCAGGCUCCCGAAGCCCCAAUGCGCGCAGAGCGCAGCGAGCGCAGCCAGGUGAUCCCAAAGCCCGCAGAGGUCACGGCCGUCGCGGCUCCUGCAAAGCCCAUGGCGACCGCAGCCCCCGCGGCCCCCGCCGCGGCCACCGCUGUGCCCCCCGCGGUGCCUCCUGCGCUCCGACCCGCAGCGUUGAAGAAGAGCCUCGCCGAUGCCUACUUCGAGAAGAAAGCUCAGGCCGCCCUUUGCCACCCUUCCUUGACGUCUCGCUGCUUUGAGGCGUCUCACAUGCCCUCGCCUUGUAUUUCUGUUGCCAGGUCGAGAGGCAGAAAGCUUUGCUUCAGGAGGCCCUGGCCAAGCGUAAAGAGUUGGCGGGCAAGGCUGGCCCGGUUCACUGACGGCUUGGAUACAGAGGAACUCAUGCAACAGCGCCGGCUCGAUCUGUAG